AUGGCUUUUCUCAAAUGUCUCCGUCUUCAUCAUCUUGAACUAGAGAAAGAUCCACCUCCAUUAUGUCAUGCUGAACCUGAAAACUUCGACACGAAUCUCACUCAUUGGAUUGGUUAUAUUGACGAACCAGAACAAACACCAUUUGCUGGUGAAAGAUUUCAACUCAAUAUUGAUUUUCUCGUCGAUUUUCCAUUCAAACCAUCUCAUAUGCGUUUUAUUACAUCAAUUUAUCAUCCAAAUAUUAAUACCAAAGGUGAAAUAUGUUUAGAUAUUCUUCAUACUCAAUGGUCUCCGGCAUUAAGUAUUCGCACUCUCUUAAUAUCAUUAUGUUCAUUAUCGACAGAUCCUAAUUGUGAACACGGAUUGAAUAGAGAUGCGUCGAAACUUUAUCUAACAGAUCAGCAAAAAUAUGAAGAAAUAGCAAGCGAAUGGACAACAAAGUAUGUUGCUCAUCAGUUAAGCGUCAACUAA